GUUUGUUCGUAGUUCUCUGUUCGUAGAAUUCGAAGAGUCGAAGGCCUCGUUUUGUGGGCUAGAUCUCCUCGGGCAUGGUUUCUUUUUGAAGAGUUCCGAGAGUCGAAAUUUGGGUCGGAUCGACAUUUUUGCGAAGUUCUUUCGUGCCUGCAAGUUGCUCUACGAAUUGCCUGUUAGGAAAGUAAGAAAGAUAGAGAUACAGAGAGGAGAGUUCUUCCUUUCUAUCAUUUUCUUCAUUUACGUAUGAGGUGGAGGAUGGAGACCCGGCACAUUCCCAGAUCCUCGUUCACUAGAGCCAUUGUUAUUCUGCAAAUCAUCUUGGUCGUCUUCGUCAUAUUAAGUGUUGCAAGCCUUCACCAUUUCUUUCAUGUUGGAUACUUUCUCGAUGCCAAUGAAGAGAACUGCCAAAAAUUCCAGACGAUGAGCAAUGGCUAUGCUGACUAUGACCUUACGGCUCUCCAUGACCGUGUCGAAGAGGUCCUUGCCCGGAUCUCUGAUAUCCAGAACAAGCUUCAGUCCAGCUUGAAGAACAAAAGGAGCAUCGCUGUCAAAAACAUCACUCACACCGAGUUCAGAAUCUUCCUCGAAGAGCAAGUGAUGCAACCUCUUUACAGUGUUCACGUCGCACUCACUCUUGUUCGCAUUCCUAAACCGGAUGCAGUGGAGGACCCCUUAAUCAACUUCUUCACAGUGGAGGAGACAAGGAAGUAUAUCACCGGAAAGGGCAACAAGGACGGGAAGUUGAGCGUGUAUGGUACUAAUAGAACCUACAACACCAUUGGCCAUGCUUGUGUCCUCAUGAGAAAGGAACUGGAGGAGUAUAUGGAUUACGACAUGGGCUCCUACUGCAAAGAUGAUUGGAAUCUAGCACAAAAGUUGAUGCUCGGAGGUUGUGACCCUCUUCCCCGGAGAAGGUGCUUGGCUCCGGCAUCCAACCUAUAUCAGAAGCCACUUCCAAUUAACAUGUCCUUGUGGACUAUGCCAGACGAUCGCAAUGUGAGGUGGAGUAACUACAAAUGCAGGGACUUCAAGUGCUUGUCGAGUAGGAAUCCGAGGAGGAGCUUCUCCAAAUGCAUUGGAUGCUUUGAAUUUGAGAAGGAGAAGCUGAGAUGGGUUAGCAAUGUCUCACUAGCUGACUUCCUGAUUGCUGAUGUUCUUGCAGUUAAACCAGGGGAAAUCAGGAUUGGAUUGGAUGUUAGUGUUGGAACAGGAAGCUUCGCGGCUCGAAUGAGGGAGUGGAAUGUGACAAUUGUGUCGACUUCGUUGAAUUUGGGAGCUCCUUUUAGUGAGACAAUUGCACUUAGGGGUUUAAUCCCUCUGUAUGUAACACUUAAUCAAAGGCUGCCAUUCUUCGACAACACCAUGGAUUUGAUACACUCUAGUGUAUUCCUUGAUGGUUGGAUUGAUCUACAACUAUUGGACUUUUUCUUGUUCGACUGGGACAGGGUGCUAAGGCCGGGGGGCUUGUUGUGGUUGGACAAGUUCUUCUGUAGCAGAAAGGAUCUUGAUGACUACAUAUACAUGUUCCUCCAGUUUAGGUACAAGAAGCGCAAGUGGGUGAUUUCUUUCAAGUCGAAAGACGAGGUGUAUCUCUCCGCAUUGUUAGAAAAGCCGCCGAGGUCUUUGUGAAUGGAGAAGGUGACUACUAAUGUUACAUUUGGACAUCAAUGCCAACUUUCAGGUGAACAACACUUGAAAGCUUAAGCUUUUGUUGCUUUUAUGUUUUGUUGAUAGUUCUAACCCUUCUAAUUGUUAGCAUGAGUUCACAAUGAUCUUUCUCAUUGUUCA